UCCCUCUAAAAGCACUCUGUGUGGGGAAGAUGAGAGCCAGAGCAAAGCUCAGAGGAACCAACCUGGAUCUGGACCUGGAUCUGGAUCUGGACCUGGAUCUGGAUCUGGAUCCAGCUGUGCGUCCUUCAGGAGUGACAGAUCAAAGGGUCAACCUCCUCACCUCAAAGCCAUCAGUUCAGGAGUGGAACAUUUCCAACAGAGAUCUGGAUCUGGAUCUGGAUCCAGCUGUGUGUCCUUCAGGAGUGACACAUCAAAGGAUCUUAAUCCUGACUUCAAGUCCAUCAGUUCAGCAGUGGAACAGAAGGGUGGUUGGUCCCGUUCCUAGCCGGAUGGUUCAGGCGGGCCGUGGAGGCGAGAUCUGCAGCCAGAAAAAGUCUUGGUUUUCUACAUUUUUUGAAAGCAGUCCAGUCCAGUUCUAUCAGAGUUCUGUGGAGAAGGCCUUACAGAGUCCAAAUGGACAUCUGGACUUGUUCCUCCGCUUCCUCCUGGGUCUUUUACUCCAGACCAAUCAGAAUCUCCUACGAGGUCUGCUGACUCAGACAGGAAGUAGUUCACAGACCAAUCAGAAAACAGUCCAGUUCAUCAAGAAGAAGAUCAGUGAGGAUCUGUCUGCAGAGAAAAGCAUCAACCUGUUCCACUGUCUGAAUGAACUGAAUGAUGGUUCUCUAGUGAAGGAGAUCCAACAGUACCUGAGAUCAGGACGUCUCUCUAGAUAUAAACUGUCUCCUGCUCAGUGGUCUGCUCUGGUCUUCAUCUUACUGUCAUCAGAAGAAGAUCUGGAAGAGUUUGACCUGAAGAAAUUUUCUCGUUCAGAGGAGGUUCUUCUGAGGCUGCUGCCAGUGAUCAAAGCCUCCAACAAAUCUCUACUGAGAGACUGUAAUCUGUCAGAGAGAAGCUGUGCAGCUCUGUCUUCAGUUCUCAGCUCCCAGUCCUCCAAACUCAGAGUUCUGGACCUGAGUUACAACAACCUGCAGGAUUCAGGAGUGAAGCUUCUGUCUGCUGGACUGGAGAGUCCACACUGUAAACUGGAGACUCUCAGGUCAGCUUUUAUUCAACUGUUUUUCUCUUUUUCAGAAGACAUUGUCACUGUGCUCACCCGGCUGUGGCGGGUAGGGUUCUGUCCCAUGGCUAAGUGCUGUGGGGUGUUGCCCUUUGUGUUCUUGGCUGGGUGGGCAAAGUGGCGAUGCCCCAUGUGGUGCCAAGCUACAUUUUGUUUACUCAGUUUUUUAUUCCAUGAUUUUACUGUUUUCAUAUGAAGGGUUGAGGCUCAUACCAGGGGUUGCGGGGUGGGGCUAAUGUGGGUUUCUUGGGUGGAUGCUAGGAUGAUUAAGUGCAUAUGUCGGGUGGGUGUUAGGCGGAAUUGAGGUGGGGUGUUGGUAUGAUUAAUGUACUGUAUGUAUAUUGCUUGUGUCUUGUAUAUUUUUAAUUUUUUGUUAUUGUUUUUAUGUGCAGUGCUUCGAGCUGCCUCAAGAAAAUGAAAGGCGCUUUACUACUAAAAGUUGAUUAAU